AGUUAGUUAGAAAGCAAGCUUGCCGGGAUAAGUACGCACUGAACCAUGGAGCAAACCGAAGUGAUGAAACCAGAAACUCUUGAUGAUCUGAUCAAAGUUUUGCAUAAAAUCUUUGAAAGUGACAAUAUCAAUGUGGAGGAGGUGCAAAAUAUAAUGGAAGCAUAUGACAGCAAUCCACAGGAAUGGAUGAAAUUUGCUAAAUUCGACCAGUUCAGGUACACAAGGAACCUGGUGGAUGAAGGGAAUGGAAAGUUCAACCUCAUGAUACUUUGUUGGGGAGAGGGUCAUGGCAGCAGUAUCCAUGACCACACAGACUCCCACUGUUUCAUGAAGUUGCUGCAAGGCCAGCUGAAGGAGACGCUUUUUGAAUGGCCCGAUAAAAAAACAUGCAACAUGGUUCAGAAAUCUCAGAGAAUCCUGCAAACAAACCAGUGUGCCUACAUCAAUGACUCCUUUGGGCUGCACAGAGUAGAGAACGCCAGUCACACAGAAUGUUCGGCCAGUUUGCACCUGUACAGUCCCCCCUUCAAGACCUGCCAGACCUUUGACCAGCGGACUGGACACAAGAACACUGUCAAGAUGACGUUCUGGAGCAAAUUUGGAGAGAGGACUCCAUUUGAAACCACAGUCUCACAAGAAAAUAACUAAGAAGCUGAAGACAUUUGUGUUUGGAAUGACAAUGUUGUAAAUUCAGUCAACAUGACACGGCAAAGAAGCAAAAUGCGGACCUACAACUAAACAACCGUUUAUAUUGGAGCGGACAUUUCAAAAAGGACAUGUGGGUAGUUAGAAUGGCUUUAUCACUGCCCAGUGUGAGCUUGGCAAAAACUGAUGAGCACAGGAUGAAUGCAUGAAUAGGCUCAGCCAUGGAUUGAAUCUGCUCUUUGUUUGGUAGGCCUGAGGAGACCCCUUCCCAAUAACAGCAUUCCUAUGUGUCUAUGACCUCUGUAACCACACUUUUGGACUGUUACGGCGGACGGUUGAAGUGUAUAAUGUAUGAGUGGAAAUAGGUUGUCUUUUAUUCAAUCACAUAAAGUGAUGAUCUAAAAUCAUUCUGUGAUCAACAGUUUUACACUCAAUGGAGCACUUUUAUUGCGGUAUAGAUUUUUACACACAAUGAUCUUAACACUUGUCAAAAUAGUGAUGUAACAUGAAAUAGUUUGUAAAGUCAAAUUAGAGCAUUUGGCAAAGCUUUAUAAAUGUAUUGGAAAAUAUGAUGCCUGUAAUUUAUAUUUGCUGUGUUCAGUUUUUGGGGAUGAGAAGGGGUGAUAAUUGGUAUUAGCUAUUUCAGUGUCAUUCUUGAAUGUGUUUCAUUGGUUUUCAGCCUAUGUAUUAGGAGACCAGUCAAGGAGAGUCUGGACUUUAGGGGCAGGGUUGUAUUAUAAUAAAGACAAUGUUCUCACUUUUUCUCAGGA